AUCUCGCAAUCAGUUAUCUCUCGUACCAAACUAGCCUUAAGUCCUUUUUCGAGUCAAACACCAUUAGACAAGGCUAAAAUCGUCAAUUUCACAUGAAUAAUUUCUCAAGUAAGAACUAGAGGGUUCUCCUUUUAUUUUCUUUUUCUAGGGUUUCAGAUCCUCUCCUAUUUACUCAGAAAUAUUCUACAGUAGUAUUUUAUUUUUUUUCUAAUGUAAAUGCUAAAUUUGCUUCAAUUGUAAGGAGAUCGUUGUUGCAGUGAAAUCGAUGAUCAUUGGCUGCACCAAAUGGAUCCCUCUUCACUGAAAACCUCUUCUUCUAUCCAAGAUGACGAGUGGGACACUGAAGGAUAUGUAAUUCCAAGCUUGGAACUUGAAGGCUCUGGCGAAAAAAACAACAGUAAUUUCGUUGAAGUUGAAGAAUCAAAGACAUCUGCUACUGAGAAAGAGGAGAAGAUAUAUCUUGGACCUCACGGUGCUCCUCCACAGUUGAAACAACAAGAGGUCAAUUCUACUAAUAGUCGCAAGCAAAAGUUUAGACAGAAAUUGAAGGAAGCGGACAGGAAGUACAGUGGAAGUGGUCGCGAGAAUAAGGUGGAACAUCUGAGAGAGCUUGUGGGUGGAAAAAUGGCUGUAGCAUCAAAGAAUUCCCCCAAGGAUUGGCUUGACUCUCACUGCGAUGAAAAUAUGUUUCAGAGGAAUCACCGUUAAGUGUAUCUGUAUUGAACAUAUCCAUAAAUUACAUACUCUUGAGAAACCCCCUCCCCCUUUCGGAGGGAAAAGAAAGCUUUGACAGAAGGUUUAUGUACUCUUGAAUAAUUCCCCUAGUCAAACCUAUGUUGGGGGGCUAAUAUCACCAGACUUCUGGCUGUGCUCUUGUAAUUGUUUAUGAUACACCAAUUCGAUCCAAGCUCUAUUUCCAUCA